AUGUGCACAAAAAGUCAGAGGAACGACAUUGUUUUAUCCUCCUUCAGAGUGCUCGGAGGCAAUUUUUUAGGAGAGUGGCUAGAAGAAGAGCGCCGACGCGCUCUGGAACUUGAACUCGAGCUCGCUCGGGUUCGACGGGACACCGCGACGCAGAGGCAUGACGAGGCGAGCGAGGCGGAACCUUUGAGCGGCCAGAUGGAACUCAGAUAUUACUCCAAGCUGCUAGCAGGUGCCUUUACGAAAUUCCCAACCGACGGCGAGGUGCCUAUUUGGUUCGAGUCAGUGGAGAGCUCACUGGGAGCGUACGACGUUCCCAAGGCGCUGUGGGGGCAGAUCGUCUUUCCGAUGAUCGCUGAGCGGGUUGCAUACUUGUCGACGCGACCAACCCUUGCGGAACACAGGGAUUACGCUAUACUCAAGGGAGUAGUUCUCGACGAGUUGAAGCUGUCAGCGGCCGAAUACCAAAGGCGGUUUCUUGCCGCGACCAAGCGAAAGGGGGAGACCUGGGAAACGUUUGCAACUCGUCUACAGAGUUACAUUAACUUCUAUGUGGAGGCCCGCGGCGUCUCCUCCUUUAAGAAUCUUCUCGAACUGUUAGUCGCCGACCAGUUGAAGUCGGGUUUAGCAGAAGAAGCCACCAAGUACGUUAAGCUGCGGGAGGGGGAAGAAUGGUUAAAAGCAGACGAACUGGCUCGGCUGCUGCAGACCUAUGAGGAAGCGGCGGGCGAGGGCAGUGCGUGCGCGAAAAUAAACCUCGCUAAAAGGGCAGAGUCAAAGGGUACCAACCAAGGGGUAAUACCGAGCGCAUCAAAAACAACCGGGAGCGUUACAGCUCGGGCAGAGAAACCCGAGACGACCAGGCCGCCCUCGGUUGUUAAGAAAGCGUCUCGGCCGGGCGAAUGCUUCCAGUGCGGAAGCACGAGCCACUACGUGGCUCAAUGCCCGUUCGCUCGGGAAGCGAGAGGGAUAAAAAGUGACGAACGACCACGCGGAGAGAGAUUAACGGCACGUAUCGCAGCUGAAAGCCGCAGCUUGGCACAUCCAAAGCUAGGGAGCGUCAAAGUUAGCUGCCGAGGCAAGGUAAUUGAUGCAAUUGUCGACACCGGAGCAGACAUCACCGUAGUCCGUGAGAGCAGUGUGCCGGAGGAACUGCUAAAGCCGCACGGGAGUAUAGAACUCGUGUCCGCAUUCGGCGAGAAAGUAGAAGCUCAGCUCGCCGUGGUACCACUCGCACUUUACCGCGGGGCAUCCUUGAUUCACGAUGUGGGUGACGCAACGCAGGUCGUGUGCGCUCUUACGGAUCGGCUCACACACACCGACUGCCUGAUCUCCGCGGAAACAUGGGAACAGUUGCAAGCGCAUAAUGAGGGGGAUGACGAGGUUCACAUACAAGCAGUGGGAAAACGGGGCCAGCAGGGAGAGCAGGGACAAGAACAGGAGAACCUGUUCGAGCCACCGAAUUCCAACACGAUUUCAACCGAUGUGCCCCCACCGCCUGAUAUCCCCGGAGAAGAGCGAGAGGAGCCGAAUCUUGAAACUGAGGUAACGCAAACCAGUGACGCGCUAAAGUUCCGUAAUGAACAGCGAGAUGACGAGUCAUUACGACGGGCUUGGCAAAACGCAAAAGGUGGCAAGGCGGGCAUGUCAAUAGUAGACGGAUUGCUGUACCAUAAAGAUCAAGUACUUAGUCAGAAAGUGCUGCAGUUAUUACUACCCGAGUCGCGCCGCAGCACUGUGCUUCGCCUGGCCCAUGAGUCCUACUGGGGCGGUCAUCUCGGCUUCCGCAAAACAAAAGCGCGCAUUAAGUACAGUUUUUACUGGCCAGGCAUGGAGAAAGACAUUCGCGACCAUUGCAACGGAUGUCACAGUUGUCAGGUUCGAUCAGACAGACGGCGGUCCGAUAGAGUGGCGAUAGCACCGCUCACGCGUCCGAAGUUCCCAUUUCAGAAAGUCAACAUCGACGUGAUCGGCCCUAUCGACCCACCUUCAGCCAGAGGGCACUGCUAUGCAUUGUUUGUCAUCGACUUGUGCACACGCUGGCCAGAGGUGGUUUGCCUAAAGUCACUGUCAUCCAAGGCGACAUGUGAUGCGCUGCUGACCGUGUUCACCAGGACAGGAGUGCCAGAAGUAGUGUGUUCGGACUGCGGAACGAAUUUCACAGCUGCACUUACUAGCGAGUUUCUCGCGAGACUGGGUUGCACCCCACGGUUCUCGACCCCUGACCGCCCGGAAAGUAACGGGUCCGUGGAAAGGUGGAACCGUGUAUUCAAAAAUAUGUUGUUUCACGUAAUCGAGAGAGACGCCCGAGACUGGGAUCGAUUCGUCCCCUUCUUGCUGUGGCCCUACCGAGAGGUCCCCCACGACACAACGGGAGUGUCGCCUUUCUGGAUGCUUUACGGUAGAGACCCGGUCGGGCCUCUCGCUAUCCUCGGGAGUAGCUGGGCUGGUGAUAUUGAGAUCCCAGCGGAGUUAGCGGACGCUCCCGCGGACUACUUAGAGAAAUUGAAAACGCAACUAGAGCUCGCAGCUGACGCCGCGGAGCUCACCACAAGCAAGCAACAGGAGGCGUACGCGUCGCACUACAACAAACGCGCCAUGUUAAAGGUGUUUAACGAGGGUGACGCGGUCCUCGUCUUUGACACAAACCGCGCAGGGAAAAUGUACCCGAAGUGGCUGGGGCCGUGCACAGUAACGGAAAGGCUAAAAAUAUAUAAUUUUACCAUCAGAAAAUAUUGGGUGCAUUUUAGUUUGACAUGCAAAUGA